AUGCAGCCCAGGAUACGGUUGGCUUUCUGGGCUGCAAGUGCACACUUGCUGUCUGUGAGGUGGGAUGUUUUGUGGUGGAAUAGAGGCGGUACUGGUGUGAGCUGUGGGCCGUGCUAAACAAGUGCAGAUAAAAUACUCUGUGUGUCUAGUGACCCCUUUUCAUGGGAUCAUGCUUAGUCUGUGAUUGAAUCCUCUUUCGACUUUGCCAUUGACAUAGUCACAAAAUUACUGGGCCUCUUGAUCAAAUACUGGAGCCAACAAAUACCUGGAUUUCAUCCCGUUCCUGGUUCAAACUUGGUUUCUGCAAGUAAAAUCACUUUAAUGAGAAGCUCAGCUGAUAUCCUGGCUGAGUCUAGAUCUCGUGCAGGUAGCUUGCCCCUCUACUGAGGCUUCUCCAUUGCUUGGAAAUGGUGAAUGUAGAUGUGCAGAUCCAGGUUGCUUAGAAAGCCCUCUCAAGCGCUUAAUUCUUAUCUCCUUUUGUGAAAUAAAGAGAAGCAUAUGUUCUGGCAUUCAGUGCUGCUAUCUUCUCUAGCCUUUAAGAACUCAAGACUGGUGAAAUAGCUAAUUACUUUAUGGAAAAUUUCUAAGGGUAGAACUUGGUUAUUUUGAAGGAGCUUGAGAAGACGCUCCUAACUUGUACCAUAGGCUCACCACAGGCUGGGUUGAUUUUAACAAUAAGCGAUAAAUAACUUUCUGCUGAUGAAGUUGAAGUUUCUGUUCAUCUUUCAAGUUGAUGUAUGGUGUCGGAAAUCUUUUGAAUUCAGGAUUGGUAUCAGGAGGGGAAACCCUUUUUUGGCAGAGUAGCAUGUUAAAUGUUGAGGCUAGUGUUCCUGUGUUGAUGCCGACUAGAUCCUCAGUCAGCAGAUGGAGGACUGCUUUCCUUUCACAGCUGAUGAAAUUUGGUGGAGACCAUGUGUCAUUUCAUCCAGUCAAGAUUAGUCAUGUCUUAUCACUGUGCAACCACAAGACUGACCUACUCCCGUAGAUGUCCCAAUCAUUUCUAUGAAAAUGGCUUCAUUUCUAUUUUGAAAUUACUCAUAAAUACCUAAUCCUAGGAUUUGGAUUCUUUUGUUGUUGUUGUUGUUACUGUACUGAUACUUUUAUUGACUGCAGCUUCUGUUUACUACUUAAAAUUGCUUACACAGAACCAGAGAGUAGUGGUGUACAAGCUGCAAAGAUUUUUUUCCAUUAGCUGAAUAAGUAGAAGGCGCUACUCAGCUUUAAAGCUAUAUAGAACAGUAGUGCUAUUCUUCCAGCACAGAUUCUCAAAGCUUACAGCAGAACAUUUACGUGAAGAAAAACUGCAGUCUGUGCGAAUGCUGAGCACGGGCAGGAAUGGUAUGUAACAUCAAACGUGUCCCACAUGCUAAAAUGGAGACUCGGUCAAGGUUGUCAAUGUUCUGCAAGAGAUGUAAUGAGGAUGGCUGUUUUUUUCAAGGCAGCAUUCCAAAUGUUGUUUCAUUACAUCUAAAGCUUAAUGGAGAGAGGUUUAGAUUGCCUUGGAUAGCCUGUUGCCGCUGAUUAACAAGUUUCUGAGAUGUCAGCAUUUCAAAAUGACUUCAUGAGCUACGUGUGCAAGAGAGCUCUGCAUUCCAAUGUUAAAUGUAUCACUGCAUUCUGAGACAAAAUUUUUGAAGUCAAAACCCAUCAAACCCAGAAAUGUGGAGUCCAGUGAAUGACUUCCACACAACAUUAAUCUCUUUAGUUUCACUCCUACAGUCUUCCUGAGGUUAUAACGUAACUCUUCUUGUCUUUGUACUUGGUGCAUUUCUUACUAAUCAGAAGCAAGAGUUCUCCAGAGGAGUGGUGUUGCUUUGGGAACCGUAUCAAAAUACCUUCCAAGGGCAUUAGUGAGAUCUGCAUCCCGAACCACCCAUCAUUUCAGAGAUGUUACCUGCCACUAUGGUACCUGGGGGCUUAUCUGAAACUAAGCCUGCUACUCCAGAAAUCCAGCAUAUUGUUGACCAGGUGAAGCCACAAUUUGAAAGCAGGGAAAACAGAACAUAUGGCAUCUUUCGAGCCAUAGUAUAUAAGACUCAGGUGGUUGCUGGAACAAACUACUUCAUUAAGGUCCAAGAUUCUGAUACUGGCUAUGUCCACUUAAGGGUGUUCCAAGCCCUUCCUCAUGAAAACCAAGGUCCCAGCCUUGUCAGUUUUCAAACUGGCAAAACCAGAGAUGAUCCUCUGACCUACUUCUGAGAGAUGGUGGAGAAUGUUUCCGGACUUCUGCAAGUUGCACGUGGAUUCUGCCUGUGUCAGUAAAUGCAUGAGAAUAAAAUAAGUUUUGAAAGCUUU